GAAGUGGUCCUGCUGUGGGGGGUGAGAGGGUGUCUGUCCUCCCUGUGGGACAGCUGUCUGAUACAGCCUGGGACAGUGCCAGUGUGUUGGUUUAGGGUUACUCCUGUAGGGUGGGUGUGACUUGGUGUAGAGUAGGAUAUAAUUAGAUAUCUGUAAGUACUGGUUCAUGUGGCUGCAAUGGAGGACACUAGCGAGGACAAGAUGACGACAGAGGUUCAGCCUCGUGAAAUCCGGAUCCUGGAGACUGCAGAGGAUAUCCAGGGCCGAAGAGAGGAGGUUUUAUUUCGUUACACAAAUUUUAAGGAUGCAUGCCAGGAGAGGAGGAAGAAGCUGGAAGAUUCCCGCCGAUACCAAUACUUUAAACGUGAUGCUGAUGAACUUGAAAGCUGGAUUUACGAAAAGUUACAGACAGCCUCUGAUGAGAGCUACAAAGAUCCAACCAACCUGCAGGCCAAGAUCCAGAAACACCAGGCUUUUGAGGCUGAAGUAGUUGCCCACGCCAACGCCAUUGUCGUCCUGGACAACACCGGCACAGAGAUGAUUGAACAGGAACAUUUUGCCUCCGAAAUAAUAAGGGUAGGUAUAGUCUGGGAUGCAGACGAGACUAUUGCCUGGAUUAUGGAGAAGGACGUAAUCCUGUCGUCUGAUGACUACGGCCGAGACCUGGCUAGUGUGCAGGCCCUACAGCGUAAACACGAGGGUGUGGAGCGUGAUCUGGCUGCCCUGGAGGAAAAGGUGACCAUGCUGGGUAAUGAGUCUGAGAGACUGAUGGACAUCCACAAAGAACAGGCUGGACAGAUCAGCAACAAACAGACGGAGAUUGUCGACAACUGGGAAAGACUCAAGAACAAGGGUUCAGAGAGGAAAGCACGUCUGGACGAUUCUUACUACCUUCAUCGUUUCCUAGCGGACUUCCGUGACCUGAUCUCCUGGGUACAUGACAUGAACGCUAUUAUCUCUGCUGAUGACCUUGCUAAGGACGUAGCCGGGGCUGAGGCUCUUGUUGAUCGCCAUCAUGAACACAAGGGUGAGAUUGAUGCUCGAGAGGACAGCUUCAAGACAACAGCGGAGGCUGGUCAGAGACUGGUCAAUGCUGACCACUAUGCUGCUGAUGAAGUCAGAGAUAAACUUUCGGUGCUUUCUACAGAGAAGACUAACCUGCAUGAUCUGUGGGAGGAGCGUAAAAUUCUGUAUGAACAGUGUAUGGACCUACAGCUCUUCUACCGUGACACCGAGCACGCAGACGCCUGGAUGACAAAACAGGAGGCUUUCCUGGCCAAUGAUGAUCUCGGUGACUCACUAGACAGUGUCGAGGCAUUCAUCAAGAAACAUGAAGAUUUUGAGAAGUCCCUAGCAGCUCAGGAGGAAAAGAUCAAGUUGCUGGAUGACUUUGCGACCAAGCUGAUCGAGAGCGAACACUAUGCCCAAGACGAUGUUGCUGCCAGACGAGACCAGCUACUGACGAGGCGCACAGCCCUGUACGAGGGAUCGGCAAACCGACGCCAGAUGUUGGAGGAGUCUUACAAACUUCAAACUUUCGAGAGAGACUGUGACGAGACCAAGGGCUGGAUCAAUGAGAAGCUUAAGACCGCCUCUGAUGAGAGCUACCUGGAUCCCACCAAUCUACAGACCAAAGUCCAGAAGCACCAGAACUUUGAGGCUGAACUGGACGCCAACAAGAAUCGUAUUGAAGCAAUCCACCAGACCGGGGAACAGUUGAUUGAGGAGGAGCACUACGCCUCGGAGAACAUCAGAGAGCGCAUUGAUGAGAUACAGAAGUUAUGGGAUAGUCUACUAUCACAAACAGACAGGAAAGGUAACAAGCUGAAGGAGGCCAGCCAACAGCAGCAGUUUAUUAGGAGCACGGAGGACAUUGAGACUUGGCUCUGUGAGAUAGAGGGACAGCUGAUGUCCGAGGACUUUGGCAAGGAUUUGACCAGUGUCCAGAACCUACAGAAGAAGCACGCCCUGCUCGAGGCUGAUGUUGCAGCUCACCAGGAUCGUAUUGAUGGUAUCGUAAUCCAAGCUGAUCAGUUUGUGGAGUCCGGACAUUUCGAUUCCGAGAAUAUCAAGGCCAAGCAGAUACAAGUCGUACAGCGAUAUGAAACUCUUCAGGAACCAAUGCAUGAUCGUAAACAGAAGCUGGAGGAUGCUCUCCACCUCCAACAGUUUCUUCGGGAUGUUGAGGAUGAGGAAGACUGGAUCAGGGAGAAAGAGCCAAUUGCAUCUUCUACCAACAGAGGUCGUGACUUGAUUGGAGUACAGAACCUGCUCAAGAAACACCAGGCUCUGCAGGCUGAACUUGGAGGUCAUGAACCCCGCAUCAACAAUGUUUGUCACCAUGGUAACGAAAUGAUCAAGGAUGGACAUUUUGCUGCCAAGGAAAUAAACCAAAAAAUUGAUGGUCUGCAGGACAAAUGGCGGCAACUGAAGGACAAAGCAUUCCAGAGGAAGCAGGACCUUGAGGACUCGCUCCAGGCCCAGCAGUACUUCGCCGACGCGAAUGAGGCAGAGUCGUGGAUGAGGGAGAAGGAGCCCCUUGCUGCCAACACAGACUACGGCAAAGAUGAAGACACAGCUGAGGCACUUCUCAAGAAACAUGAAGCCUUCAUGGCGGAUCUUGAGGCUUAUCGGUCCGUAGUGGAGGGUCUACAGGAACAGUCUCAGGCUUGCAAGCAGCAGGAGGCCCCGGUGGUGGACGACCUCGGCACAGAGAAGGUGAUGGCACUGUAUGACUACACAGAGAAGUCACCUCGCGAAGUUUCCAUGAAGAAGGGAGAUGUUCUUACACUGCUCAACUGUGCCAAUAAGGACUGGUGGAAGGUCGAGGUCAAUGAUAGACAAGGCUUUGUUCCUGCUGCUUACGUCAAGAAGCUUGACCCAAGUCUGUCUGCAAGUCGUAACAACCUGAUGGACGAGUUUACCAUCUCUGUCAGACAGAACCAGAUAGAGACACAGUAUGCUAAUCUGUUGGACCAAGGAAACCAGCGUCGUGAGAAACUCCAGGAAUCGUGCCGUGCCUAUCAACUGGUGCGUGAAGCCGGGGAGCUGGCAUCCUGGAUCACCGAGAAAGAAACCAUGAUUGUUGGUGAUGAAGUCGGGGAAGAUCUGGAACAAGUGGAAGAGAUGCAGAAGAAGUUUGAUGACUACCAGAAGGAUUUGAAGCAGAAUGAAGCAAGACUCCAGGAGCUAAACACGAUUGCUGACAAGCUAACAGCCAUGGGGCGUACAGAGGCGGCCGAGAAGAUCCGGGAGCAGAUUGCUACCCUGAACAACAGGUGGGAGAACCUGCAGGCAGUGACGGCUGUCCGGGCCGAGACCCUGGGGAGUGCCCACGAGGUCCAGAGAUACCACAGGGAUGUGGACGAGACUAAGGACUGGAUCAAUGAGAAGGACCAGGCCCUCAACAAUGAGAACUAUGGCCACGACCUGGCUAGUGUACAAGCUCUACAGCGAAAACAUGAUGCCCUAGAGCGUGACUUAUCUGCUCUCGGAGAGAAGGUACGAGACUUAGACGAGAGUGCUAAGCGGCUGAUGCAGACCCAUCCUGACCAGGCAGAGCAGAUCUAUGAACAUCAGACAGAAAUCAACGAGCUGUGGAACACACUGACUGCUAAGGCUGAUGCUAGAAAAUCCAAGCUGCUGGACAGCUAUGACCUCCAGAGAUUCCUCAGCGACUACAGAGACCUGACCUCCUGGAUCAACAGUAUGAUGUCGUUGGUGUCGUCAGAUGAGCUCGCCAAGGAUGUGACUGGCGCCGAGGCCUUGCUGGAGCGUCAUCAGAUGUUCAGCUCAGAGAUUGUCAGCCACUAUGGUAUCACACAGCUGCCCACGGAGGAGGAGAUAGAGGAAGAGCUGGAACACCGCACAGAGAUAGAUGCCCGUUCUGGGACUUUCCAGGCAUUUGAGUUGUUUGGCCGGAACCUUCUUCACAGUGAGCACUACGCCAGUGACGAUGUGAAUGGGAAACUGGAGGAGCUGGCCAAGGCUCGCGAGGAACUGGAACAAGCAUGGAUCGCACGGCGUAUGAAGCUAGACCAGUGCCUUGAGCUUCAACUGUUUUAUCGGGACUGUGAGCAGGCGGAGACCUGGAUGCACUCCCGUGAGGCUUUCCUGUCAGGUGACGCUGUUGAUGGCGACAAUGUGGAAACGCUCAUUAAGAAACAUGAGGACUUUGACAGGGCCAUCAGUAGCCAGCAAGAGAAGAUCCAGGCACUACAAUUGUUUGCAGACCAGUUGAUCGGUGGAGAGCACUACGACAGCAGUGCCAUCGCUGACAAACGUGACCAAGUUUUGGACCGAUGGACCAAUCUCAAGGAUGCCCUCAUUGAUAACCGCUCCAAGCUGGGCGAGGCACAGACCCUACAGCAGUUUUCACGUGAUGCUGACGAGAUGGAGAACUGGCUCCAGGAGAAACUCCAGAUUGCCAUGGAUGAGUCUUACAAAGACCCAACCAAUAUACAGAGUAAACACCAGAAGCACCAGGCAUUUGAAGCAGAGUUAGCAGCCAACGCUGACCGACUACAAGCCCUACUGGGCACUGGUCAAGCUUUGAUUGACCAGAAGCAGUGUGCUGGGUCCGAGGAUGCUGUCCAGGCCAGACUUGAGAGUCUAGCCUCACAGUGGGAGACACUGGUGGCCAAGUCUGCUGAGAAGAGUGACAAGCUGAAGGAGGCAAAUCGCCAACAGACCUACAACGCCGGGGUCAAGGACAUGGAGUUCUGGCUUGGAGAGGUAGAACAGAUGCUUGGCUCAGAAGAGUAUGGAAAGGACUUGUCCUCUGUACAGAACUUGUUGAAGAAACACCAGCUACUAGAGGCUGAUAUUGCUGCUCAUGAGGACCGUAUCAAGGACCUCAACACACAGGCCGACCAAUUCUGUGAUGCAGGAGUGUGGGACGCAGAGAGCAUUGAGACCAGGAAGAGGACUAUUAACGAACGUUACGACAAAAUCAAGGAGUUGGCGAUUGUGAGGAGGACACGUCUAAACGAGGCCAACACCAUGCACCAGUUCCUGCGUGACAUUGAUGAUGAAGAAGCUUGGAUCAAGGAGAAGAAACUGCUGGUCGGCUCGGAUGACUAUGGUCGUGAUCUGACCAGUGUACAGAAUCUUCGCAAGAAACACAAGCGUCUGGACGCAGAACUGGCCACCCACGAGCCUGCCAUACAGGCUGUACAAGACACUGGAGCCAAGCUGAUCGAGGAGUCAGACAUCAACACAGCUGACAUUAAGGACCGUCUCCAGCAGCUCCAGGAAAGCUGGGAGGAGCUCAAGUCCAUGGCAGCCAACCGUGGCCAGAAGUUAGAGGAGUCUUACGCCUUCCAGCAAUUCUCUGCCAGCGUUGAGGAGGAGGAGGCGUGGAUCGCUGAAAAACAACAUCUUCUGUCCGGGGGUGACCACGGUGAUACCAUGGCAACUGUCCAGGGUCUUUUGAAAAAGCAUGAAGUAUUUGAGACCGAUUUCCAGAUCCAUAAGGAACGAUGUGAGGAGAUCAAAAAUGAGGGAGAGAAACGCAUCAAAGAGGGUAACCACAAUGCUGACAGCAUUGGUCAGAGAAACAGAGGCCUACAGGAGAGGCUGGAUGCCCUGGAUGCAGCCGCAGCCAGACGAAAGGCCGGGCUCAUUGACAACUCAGCCUUCCUACAGUUUAUGUGGAAGACCGACGUUGUAGAGAGCUGGAUAGCUGACAAGGAGACACAGGUUCGCUCAGACGAUUAUGGACGCGAUCUGUCUUCUGUGCAGACCCUCCUCACAAAACAGGAAACUUUCGAUGCUGGUCUUCAAGCCUUUGAAAAGGAAGGCAUUCAGACAAUUUCUGCCCUGAAGGAUCAGCUGAUUGCAGCCCAGCAUGCACAGACAGCUGCCAUAGAGAAACGUUACAAUGACGUCAUAGACAGGUGGCAGAAGCUUCUCAAUGACUCAGAUGCACGUAAACAGCGUCUCUUAAAACUCCAGGAGCAGUACCGGCAAAUAGAGGACCUGUACCUCACUUUCGCAAAGAAGGCUUCAGCCUUCAACAGCUGGUUUGAAAAUGCAGAGGAAGAUCUGACUGACCCUGUCCGAUGUAACUCUGUUGAGGAAAUCAGGGCCCUGCGUGAAGCCCAUGAUCAGUUCAAAGCUUCACUAAGUGCUGCUCAGGCAGACUUUAACCAACUGGCCGCCCUGGACAAGAGGAUCAAAAGCUUCAAUGUCGGAACAAACCCCUACACAUGGUUCACCAUGGACGCUCUGGAGGAAACCUGGAAAAACCUGCAGAAAAUCAUCAAGGAGCGUGACGUAGACCUUAGCAAUGAACAACAGCGCCAGGAGGAGAACGAUCAGCUACGUAAACAAUUUGCCCAAGCUGCCAAUGCCUUCCACUCAUGGCUUACAGAGACACGUCUUUGGCUACUGGACGGGGCAGCGAUGAUGGAGGGAUCAGGCACACUGGAAGACCAACUGGAGGCCACUAAGAAAAAAGCGACAGAGGUGCGAGCACAGAAGGGCCAGCUUAAGAGGAUUGAAGAUCUCGGUGCUGCGAUGGAGGAGCGGCUGAUCUUGGACAAUAGAUACACAGAACACAGCACAGUGGGCCUGGCUCAGCAGUGGGACCAGCUUGACCAACUCGGCAUGAGAAUGCAACACAACCUUGACCAGCAAAUCCAGGCCAGGAACAGGAGUGGUGUAUCAGAGGACGCCCUCAGGGAGUUCAGUAUGAUGUUCAAACAUUUUGACAAGGACAAGUCCGGUAAGCUGGACCACCAGGAGUUUAAGUCGUGUCUGCGUGCCCUUGGGUAUGACCCACAGGAGUUGUAUGCAAACCUUACGAAAGAGCAAGCAGACUACUGUAUAGCCAGAAUGAAGCCGUUUGUGGACAAGACGGGUCGUGAGGUUCUAGACAGCUACGACUACGCAGACUUCACACGCUCCAUGUUUGUUAACUAAAUAGGGCGGGGCUCACCACAGGAGAACUGGAUCUGUAGAGCUGUAGACUAACCAACUGCUACUUACCUGGAUAGCACUUCCUAUGUGUAUGUCAUUAGCCAAUACUAAGACUGUCAUUAGCCGAUAGUAAGACUAUCUUAUACCUAUUAUGGUCACGUACUUGCACUGCUGGUGAAGGAGAUAAAAACAA